UCUCGCAAAAACAACGCAAGAUUUUACGCAAGACAAUCGCAAAAAGCCAUUAAACUAACAAAUAACUUUGUUCUUCACUGGAGGUGUCUAUAACGUCCUAUUUUCAACCACAGCAAAAUGAGCGUUGAGCCUGAUGGGAUAUGUUGCUCGAAGCAAUCUACACGCCAGAGCUAUUUGAGUAGUAAGAACGACGAAGAAACAGCAGAUGUGAAUACCGAGCCACAACUGAAAAGUUUGCGCGACGUUCCAGAGGGAGAGAUUUUAUCUGAUGAUGAAGACACAGCAGUGCAGAAAACCGAAGCCGAACCUAGUAACCGAAACAGUGCAAUCUUCAUCGAAGCCAUCCGGCAUUUAGAAACAAAUGCGACAAAGGAAGUGAUACUAUCAAAGCUGGGACCGCAACUUGUGUACGACGUGGACGAACAACUGCCUGGUCUAGCUUUGGUUAUAAACAACGAAUUCAAAGGUCAAGAAAACGAAAGAAGAGAGUCUUGUCAUGAUUACGAUGAAUUAAUACUUCUUUUAAAAUCAAUGAAUUUCAAAAUUCAUGACGAAGGCAACACAACAAAUCUGAAAGCCAAUGAGAUGGGUGACAAGUUAAAAGAAGUUUCCGAAAAACCGGAUUUUCAAAGUCUUCUGGUGUUUAUUAUGAGUCAUGGUGCUGCGGCCCUGUUCGUGACGUUUGGAGCAGAGAACUUCGUGACAGGACCAACGAUCCUGCUAACCGAAGGAGUGCAGAACUUGCGACUAGAUGGACUUCUGACGUUUAUCGCGAUAACACAUGAAAGCUUGGGAUGA